AUGUCGUCAUCAGAGUCAGAUGGCGUAGAUGAAGCUGUUGAAGAAUGGUUCGAUGAAGAAUUUGAUAAUAUUGUCAACUCCCUAGUUGAUGUUCAAGCCAAAAAACCAAAGAGACGAGCUUAUAUCGAAAGAGAUCGGGAACAAGGACACAAUCUACUAUGGAACGACUAUUUCAAGGAAAAUCCCACUUACCAACCGGAAAUGUUUAGGCGGCGUUUUCGAAUGAACAAGCCAUUGUUCCUUCGCAUAGUGGAUGCUCUAACAAAUGAAGUUCCAUACUUUCAGCAAAGAAGAAAUGCCCAUAGAAGAUACGGACUAUCUACACUUCAGAAGUGUACAGCAGCUAUACGUAUGCUGGCGUAUGAUCAAUCAGGAGAUACGUAUGACGAAUAUCUCCGACUAGGUGAAAGUACUGCACUUUUAUGUUUGGACAUUUUCACUAAUGCGAUAAUACAAUUAUUUGGAGAUGAGUAUCUAAGAAGACCUACAGCUGAUGAUCUUCAACGACUACUGGAUAUUGGAGAGUUACGCGGGUUUCCGGGAAUGGUAGGCAGCAUCGACUGUAUGCAUUGGGAGUGA